AAAUCAUCUGCAGCAGCCCAUUUCUCAUUACCCAGAUCGCAAAACUGUUUUACCCUUCUACCCUUGCGAAAUCCCACCAUCUUCUCUCGGACAGAUACUCACGAGUUAGACCACUCUGCAAGCGUCUUCAGCUAUCACUCCUACAGCAAUCUCAAUUUUUAGUCAUCCGCCGCACUGCUCUACUCCUCUGCCAUGGCACACGCGCUUCUCAGCACCGCGGCUACCGUCACCUGCCCGAGUCUCACUGGGAUUUCCGCGCGCCGUGCGUCAUCGGCGCGCGUGGUCCGCGCCGAAGCUCCCGCUUUUGCGCCCAUCACCGCGUCACCGACCACGCUGAAAGUUCCAGAUGUCGCCCCUCUAAAGACGAGCUCACCUCCCCAACUCGCUACACCCGCCGAGGCCGAAGCACCUGCUCCUGCGUAUCCCUACGAGUCGCUCCCGCCAACUCCGGUCUUCCCGUCACACGCGGCCAUGGCGCUCUUCCUUCAAUCUUACGCGCGCAUGCUGCAGCACGUUCAAACCGCCGCGACGGGCCGCGCUGACCGCGGCGUUGACCGCGUUGACCACAGCCACGACGCGCUGGUUUCCGGCGAUUCCCUUGCAGCCGCCGGCGCGACCGUGCUGGAGCGGGUGCACCUGGGGCUCGGCGCGCUGCUGCACCACCCGCAGCACGGCGUGGCGGGCGGGGAGCGGUGGUGCGCGGAGGAGGCGCGCGUGGAGCGGUGCUUGGCUGAGCUCGAGAAAGACAUUGAGUGCAUCCGCUCCGCGCACGAGCGGCCCCCGCGCGCGGCUGCGCUCGCUCUUGCGACGAUCCACUGCGUCGACGCCGCUCGGCUCAUCCGCUCGCUGUGAAACGGGAAUUUCUACAACCUAUUUGAUCAUUUCAUGUGGUGAUGAUCAUUCCAUCAUGUACGGGAACUACUGUCACAGUCCCGGUGACUUCACGUGGCUUCAGGGUUUAGCGCCCAGUGGCGACGCGACAACACAAGUGCUCAUACGAAAGCAGCGCGCAGGGUUCCUUGUCAUCAGCACACAAGCUCAGCGGAGUCCUCUAGAAAAUCAGCCCACCCAUGGUUUCCGCCCCCCAAUCGUCCAUCCAACCAUCGCCUGACGGGCCACCAUCGAUCAACUAAUCACUCCGCCGCCAAUUCAACCGAUCCUUCGCCAUCGACCAAUCUCCCGUCGCCAGGCCAGGGCCGUCAGCAGCAACCAUAGAGGGAUAGCGCAGCCAGCAGGCAGAGUCACUUCUAAGUGACUCCUAGGAGCAAAGGGCACCUUGUAAGGUGUACAGCUGCUGGCUUCGCUAGGAGCUGCUAUAAGAGAGCUGUGCAAACCCGUUACCAUGGUGAUUGCCUAUAGAUUCGUGAUUUCUAGGUAUGGUGGGAAUGCCCCUAACUAUAGCCAUCAGCGUUAGCAUUGACUAUGGGGGUGUAGAACCGAGACUCUCCAGCUUGUCCCACAUUGGGAGGAGCCUUUUAGGGAGUCCACCUGCUGGUGGUGUAUAUAUUUAUUAAGGGCAUUCGUGUGCUUCUAAUAUCUGGAUUUGUGUGGCUCAUGUAAGGGGGGGAUAAUUG